CUGCAGCUUCUCACAGCCGUUGAAGAGGAGUGGACCAACAUUUCACAGGCCACAAUCAACAACCUGAUCAACUCUAUGCGAAGGAGAUGUGUUGCACUGCGUGAGGCAAAUGACCUGUUUGGAUCUGUGCCUGCCUAAAUUCUUGUCUUUUCUGUUAUCUGAUGUUUGUUUCAUGCUUAGUUUCUGUCUGCCUGUCAAGUGUUUAUGGUAAUCCUCGAGUUAUCCCUCUGCCUACCUGUCUCUGUUUUCUCCUGCUUUCUGUCUGCCUGCCUGUCUCGUUAGUCCUGAUUCCUCUCUCCUUUGUUUCUCCCGCCUGUUCGUUAGUCCCUGGUGUUAAAUGUUUGCUGCAUGUUCAGUCUCUGUCCGGUCAUUGCAGUGUUUUGUGGUAUGAAGCCUGUAGUUCUGAGUCUCGUGUUGUGUUACAGCCUCUGUCUGUAUUUUCCUUAUUUUCUGUGUGAUUACUCUGUUCCUUUUGGAUUAUUUUGUUAUGCUGGAUUCAUUGGACUCAGCCGCCACUUCCACGAUGAACUUCAGUGAGGGAUCUGUGCAAUCAAAGAAGGACCUUCCAAACAAAUCCCUUCUGAUGGCUGUGUGUGCUGCGUGUAUAGGUGGAACCUUUCAGUAUGGAUAUAAUAUAUCUGUCAUCAAUGCGCCCACAAUGUAUGUGCAUGAUUUCCUCAACCAAACCUGGAGGGAGCGUUACCAGGCUGACAUAUCAGAAGAUGUUCUCACCCUGCUUUGGUCCACUAUCGUGUCUGUAUUCACCAUAGGAGGAUUUAUAGGAACAACAAUCGGUGGGACGCUGUCUGUGAAGCUGGGGAGGAAAGGGACACUGUUGACCAAUAAUAUAUUUGCAUUAAUGGCAGCUCUGCUGAUGGGUCUGAGUUACCCUACAGGAUUAUUUGAAUUGCUCAUCAUUGGACGUCUUCUCACUGGAAUAAAUGCAGGCAUUGGCAUUUGUGUUCAACCACUAUAUCUGGGGGAAAUAGCUCCAACUGCACUUCGUGGCGCCAUGGGAAUGGGAACAUCUGUUUUCAUCACUGGAGGGAUCUUGACUGGACAAGUGAUUGGCCUCAAAGAGCUCCUGGGCAGAGAGGAGUACUGGCCCAUCCUGCUCUCCACCACAUGUAUCCCAGCGUUCCUGCAGCUCCUGAUCCUGCCCUGGUUCCCAGAGAGCCCUCGUUACCUGCUCAUUGACAAAGGAGAUGAUGAGGGAUGUAAGAAAGCCCUUAAGCAACUGCACAGUGCUGACUGCGAUGGUGAAUGGGACGACAUUGAGAAGGAGAAGAAUAAUUUAGCAGGUUUCCAGGCCAAGAAACCCUGGGAGCUCUUCACUGAUCGGAGUGUCCGCUGGCAGCUUCUCACCAUCAUGCUGCUCAACAUUGCGCAACAGCUGAACGGCAUCAAUGCUAUUUACUUCUAUGCAAACUACUUAUUCAAACGAUCUGGUAUCCCAAAUGAUAAAAUACCAUACGUGACUGUUGGCACUGGAGCCUGUGAAUGCAUCACAGCUUUAACAUGUGGUAUGCUCAUUGAAUGUCUGGGAAGGAAAGCACUCAUCACAGGAGGAUACAUGCUGAUGAGUAUCUGCUGCAUUUUCUUCACGCUCACGCUCACUUUUCAGGAUGCCAGCCCGGUAUUUCCAUACUUGAGCAUGGCGUGUGUAUUUGCUUUUAUCCUGAGUUUUGGCUUAGGACCAGGUGGCGUGACAAACAUCCUGACCACUGAACUAUUCACACAAACUUCCCGCCCUGCAGCGUACAUGAUCGCAGGGUCAGUGAACUGGCUCAGCUUCUUCUUCAUUGGCCUCACCUUCCCUUUUAUCGUGAUUGGGCUGCAGCAGUACUGUUUCCUGGUGUUCUUGGCCAUCUGCUCCUUAGUGGCAACGUACAUUUUCCUUGUCGUUCCUGAAACCAAGAACAAAACCUUCCUCGAAAUCCAGAAUGACUUCCAGUCCUCCAACAACAGAAAGGCCUGCAGUGCUGAUGGAGCAGGAACAACACUGUUAUCAACCUCUAUAUGAAAUAUAACCCAUAGCUCUUUACAGUCCACACACACAUCACAACAUAAUAAAUCACUAUAGAACAUAAUAAUGGAUAAUGCUAUAAAAUGAUGGUGCUUUGCUUGAACUUCGGAGAUGUACUGGGUUUUCAUAAUGACAUCUCAUCAGUACACCUACAAACAUAAAUUGAAGAGAUCUUUUUAUGUAAUAUUUUGGUGUGAUAAAUGUUAGUUUGUACUUUUAUAAAGGGUACUCU